UUUCUGCGAGGCUUCCGGGCCGUAGUGGAGACCCUGAGGUCCCCGGACUACUCCGGCAGAGGAGACUCGGCCCCGCGCGGGGACGGUAGGAGAGCUGCCGCUGAAGAGCACCGCGGAUCGUGGGCAGGGGGGUCGCCUGAGGACUCGGAGUCUCCUCCCGGCCCCGCCGUGCUCCUCCCCGAGAGGAAGGGAGAGCCGGCCGGCGGGUCCGCUCCUGCCAGGAGCCGCCGGGGCGUGAAGUAGGAAAGCUUUCGGAUCCCUAGUCUUUGCCAGUAAGAACUUAGCCUGAGGAGAGACAAGACAUGAAUGGUGAGUAUAGAGGCAGAGGAUUUGGAAGAGGAAGAUUUCAAAGCUGGAAAAGAGGAAGAGGUGGUGGGAGCUUCUCAGGAAAAUGGAGAGAAAGAGGACACAGACCUGACCUGAAUAAACCCACAGGAAAACAUGGUUCUGAACAAACCUCACAGUCUUUGCUACUACAGUCAACAUUGGAUCAGUUCAUACCAUAUAAAGGAUGGAAGCUUUAUCUCUCUGAAGUUUACAGUGAUAGCUCUCCUUUUAUUGAGAAGAUUCAAGCAUUUGAAAACUUUUUCACAAGGCGUAUUGAUUUAUAUGAUAAGGAUGAAAUAGAAAGAAAAGGAAGUAUUUUGGUGGAUUUUAAAGAAUUGACAAAAGAUGACGAAAUAGCUAAAUUGAUACCAAAUAUAGCAAAUGAAUUAAGGGAUGCACCUGAGAAAACCUUGGCUUGCAUGGGUCUGGCAAUACAUCAGGUAUUAACUAAGGAUCUCGAAAGACAUGCAGCUGAAUUACAAGCCCAAGAAGGAUUGUCUAGAGAUGGAGAAACAAUGGUAAAUGUGCCACAUAUUCAUGCAAGGAUAUACAACUAUGAGCCCUUGACACAGCUCAAGAAUGUGCGAGCAAAUUACUAUGGAAAAUACGUUGCUCUGAGAGGGACAGUGGUUCGCGUCAGUAACAUAAAGCCUCUUUGCACCAAGAUGGCUUUUCUUUGUGCUGCAUGUGGAGAAGUUCAGAGUCUUUCUCUUCCAGAUGGAAAGUAUAAUCUCCCCACAAAGUGUCUUGUGCCUACGUGUCGAGGGAAGUCAUUUACUGCUCUCCCUAGCUCUCCUCUCACAGUGACGAUGGACUGGCAGUCAAUCAAAAUCCAGGAGCUGAUGUCUGACGAUCAGCGAGAAGCAGGUCGGAUUCCACGAACGAUAGAAUGUGAGCUUGUUUAUGAUCUUGUGGAUAGCUGCGUUCCGGGAGACACAGUGACUAUUACUGGAGUUGUCAAAGUCUCAAAUGCUGAAGAAGGUUCUCGGAAUAAGAAUGACAAAUGUAUGUUCCUUUUAUACAUCGAAGCAAAUUCUGUUAGCAAUAGCAAAGGACAGAAACCAAAGGCUUCUGAGGAGGGAUGUAAAAAUGGAGCAUUGCUGGAGUUCUCACUUAAAGACUUUUACGCCAUCCAAGAGAUUCAAGCUGAAGAGAACCUGUUCAAGCUCAUUGUCAACUCGCUUUGCCCUGUCAUUUUUGGCCAUGAACUUGUUAAAGCAGGGUUGGCAUUAGCACUCUUUGGAGGAAGCCAGAAAUACGCAGAUGACAAAAACAGAAUUCCAAUUCGGGGAGAUCCACAUGUCCUUAUUGUUGGAGAUCCAGGCUUGGGAAAGAGUCAGAUGCUACAGGCAGUAUGCAACGUUGCUCCACGUGGUGUGUAUGUUUGUGGUAAUACCACGACCACCUCUGGUUUGACUGUAACUCUUUCAAAAGACAAUUCCUCAGGAGAUUUUGCUUUGGAAGCUGGUGCCCUGGUUCUUGGUGAUCAAGGUAUUUGUGGAAUAGAUGAAUUUGAUAAGAUGGGAAAUCAACAUCAAGCCUUGUUAGAAGCCAUGGAACAGCAAAGUAUUAGUCUUGCUAAGGCUGGCAUGGUUUGUAGCCUCCCUGCAAGAACUUCCAUUAUUGCUGCUGCAAAUCCAGUUGGAGGACAUUAUAAUAAAGCCAAAACAGUCUCUGAGAAUUUAAAAAUGGGGAGUGCCCUGCUAUCCAGAUUUGAUUUGGUCUUUAUCCUAUUAGACACUCCAAAUGAAGAUCAUGAUCACUUACUCUCUGAACAUGUAAUUGCAAUAAGAGCUGGAAAGCAGAGAACUGUUAGUAGUGCUACAGUAGCUCGUCUGAAUAGUCAAGAUUCAAAUACCUCUGUACUUGAAGUGGUUUCUGAUAAACCAUUAUCAGAAAGACUGAAGGUGGUUGCUGGAGAAACAAUAGAUCCAAUUCCGCACCAACUAUUGAGAAAGUACAUUGGUUACGCUCGUCAGUAUGUCUAUCCAAGGCUAUCCACAGAAGCUGCUCAGAUUCUUCAAGAUUUUUACCUUGAGCUCCGGAAACAGAGCCAGCGUUUAAAUAGCUCACCAAUCACUACUAGACAGCUGGAAUCUCUGAUUCGAUUAACGGAGGCACGAGCAAGGUUGGAAUUGAGAGAGCAAGCAACCAAAGAAGAUGCCGAAGAUAUAGUAGAAAUUAUGAAAUAUAGCAUGCUGGGAACGUACUCUGAUGAAUUUGGGAACCUGGAUUUUGAGCGAUCCCAGCAUGGUUCUGGAAUGAGCAAUAGGUCAACAGCAAAAAGAUUUAUUUCUGCUCUCAACAACAUUGCUGAAAGAACUUACAAUAAUUUAUUUCAAUUUCAUCAACUUCGGCAGAUUGCCAGAGAACUAAACAUUCAGGUUGCUGAUUUUGAAAAUUUUAUUGGAUCACUAAAUGAGCAAGGUUACCUCUUGAAAAAAGGCCCCAAGGUUUACCAACUUCAAACUGUGUAAAAAGACUACCAAGCUAGGACCUCCUGGGUUAAUUAGCAUUUUAAAGCCAUCUCAAGAAUGGAGAAUAUGCAGAAAAAAUAACUGUUCUGAAAAAUGACCUCCCAAAAAUAAUAUAAUGAGAAAAGAGUGUUGAACUAAUUUAAAAAGUGAUAGUCAUUUGUUAAUUUUCACAAUUUAUUCUGUAGUUUAAAAAGAAUUUUUUUAAUCUGAAUGAUGCAAUUAUAAAUUACUUAUAGUUUUAUUUUUUACCUGCCUUUGAUUCUUUUUUUAAAUUAAAUUUACUGGGGUGA